CACUCAAAAUUUUCUGUAUAGUAAAAAAUCAGAUUUAAUGAAAACUAACAAUAUCUUAAUCUGAUAAGGAAAUUACAGGCAUAUUUAAAAGCAAUAAGAUUUUAUAUUACUCUAUACGUAUAUGGAGAACGUUUGCAUCCACGUAAAAUUCUCACCUCUAAUGAAAAAGAUUUCCAAAAGUAAAUCAAAAUGUUGUCUUGAAAUAGUACCCCUAAUAACCUAUAAUGAAAACAUUGAUAAAAUAAAAUGGAAGCAGAAAAUAGACAAAAUCGAAUACAUCGUCCCAAUGAAUUAUAAAAUAAUAAUAAAAAAAUUAAACCCAAAUGAAAAUGUCAUAAAGAUGUAUUAUUCGUGUGUCGAUCUAUUACCGUCUACUCUACCUAACGUAAAUCUAGAUACUGGUUCUAUUUAUAGAGUAAUAAGUGACACUAUCGUAUUAAAUAAGGAAAAAAAUGAUUGUUUGGCUCCAACAAAUAUGUUACCACUUGAUAUAAAAUUAAAUCAAAGAUUGGACAGUAUCCUCAAGUCAACAAAUCUAUCGGACUCUGACGAGAGUCCCAGUUCACUUAAAUUAUCAGACUCCAUAAUAUCAAAUAAUAUGUCUGAAAAAUUUAAAACCGGUUCUGUGCAAACAGAAAAAGAUGAAGCGAAGGAGAAUUGUCUUUUACGUGAAACUAUAAAUGCCACAUACUGUAGUGAUAAAAGCACAAGCACAAUUCUGCAGUAUAUUAAUUCAAAGGCUGUAGUUUACCAAAAAAUAGAAAAAAAUUGUCCAGCUUAUAAUAACCUAAAAGCUAUAAAUGCAAAAGAUAAUUUUAGGACAAACAAACAACCCAAUUCAAUCGCAGGUUUAUUUAAUGAACUAGAUAUUUUAAAAUAUAUUCAUAAUACAACUACAAUAGAAAAUACACGGUCUCCGCCAUAUUACCUUAUUCAAGAUGUAUUUGAUGAAGAAAUGGUUAUAUGUAAUAUUAGAAUGAAGCCUCAAGUGCGUGUAGCUAAAUUUGUUGAAAAAAUGGAAAAGGAAAUUAUGCCUUUAAAGAUUAUUCUUAAUAAUAUUAUAAGUAGAUGUUCGUCCUUAGGCUUACACAAAAACAUAGGAGCAAAUAAUCGUUCACUUGAUGAGCCGGGCCUUAAAAGAGAAAAAAAUUACAAUCGUGUCGUUUAUUCUAUGGUUUUUGAUUAA